UGUAAUAUAUAUAUUCGUACAUCAAACUAAACUUCCGCGAUCUAAAGUCUAAACCACGUUCGUGUUGUCCUUUUGGAUUCAGAGUAAUGAUGACGGCAGUUAGCAAAGGCGAUGGCGAAAACAACGGCGUUUCUUACCAGUCACCGACGGAGGAAACGCUAACACAAAUCUCUUCCUCAUCCACAACUCCAGACAAUUCAAUUGACGCGCCGUCACUUCCGUUCGAUCUUGUUACAGAAAUUCUAUGUUGGAUCCCUGUGAAAUUCCUCCUCCAAUUCUGUUGCGUCUGCAAGUCAUGGAAUUAUCUCAUCUCUCAUGAUUCCGAAUUUCAAAAGAAGCACUUUCGCUUGUCAACCACAAUUCACGACCGCCUCCACCUCAUCCUAACUCCUAGACCCUCCGCCUCACGUGAGUUCCUUCUAUCUGAUAUUUUAAUCUCUUCUAUUUUCAACAACAACCUUUCCACUAUUACUGCUACGCCCCUAAACUACCCUCUGACUCCUAAUAGAGGACGCAGUUUUGGGGGAGUUUCCUACCGUCACGGCAUCUUCUGUUUUGGGAUUGAUGAAUCGUCAGCUCUUUUAUUUAACCCUUCCAUUAGAAAGUUUAAGUUAUUGCCUCCUUUGGAAAACCCACCACUAAAUCACUAUUUACAAACCAAUUAUACCCUAGUGUAUCAUCGUUUCACCGAUAACUAUAAGAUUGUCGCUGUUUCUUUGGAUAUUAAUAGACAAAUUAACAUUAAUACCCAUACUUUCGGUACUAAUUAUUGGACAAAGAUCCAAAACAUCCCGUAUUGUUGCCGCUUACGUGGAGUGGGAAUAUCUGUGAGUGACACCGUUAAUUGGUUGGUAUAUGAUGUUUCUGGUUCUAGUAGUUCUUUAUGGGUCAUUCUGUCGCUUGAUUUGGAGGAGUAUUCCUAUAGAAAGUUUUUGCAACCUCUCUCUAACGAGCGAUCCGACUCUAAGAUGGUCUUCCAAGAGUUGAAGGGUUGCUUGUGCAUCCUCUCUAACGAUGCCAACCAUUCUGAUGUUUGGAUUAUGAAAGAACAUGGAAAUGAGCAAUCUUGGACUAAAUUAUUAAGUGUUCCGUACAUGGCAGAUGAUAGGUCUUUUUUGUAUAGCAGUACAAUAUAUGUUUCGGAAGAUGACCAAGUGUUGAUGAGGCUUUUGAAGUUGAGGAAGUUUGGUUUUAUCAUCUAUGAUUUUAAAAAUAAUACUUUUAAGAUUCCUAAAAUUCAAAACAUCAAUGAUCAGAUGAGACCAACUAUCUAUGUUGAGAGUUUGAUAUCACUUUUUUCUCAAUAUUAAGAUGUAGUUGUUGUGCUAAGUUAUCUUUAGCUAGACCCAACUCCAAUGUAUAUGUUAAUUUAUGAUGAUCUUGUUAUUUAUAUUUAUUUUAUCCUUGUAUUGUAUACUGGUGAUUUCAUGGAUAUUAUUGAUGUAUGGGUCAACUUGAGAAAUUGCUAUGUUA